UUUUCUCUUCUAAAUCUCUCUCUAAUCGCGCUCUCUGUUAUCGCGCAUUAAUUGUAUUGGAAAAAUGAUAGAAAACAAUAGAAAAGAAAUAAAAAAAACUCCUCUAUCUAGGAGCUCAAGAUCUAUGAUUUUCGUGCAUAUGUUCGCGCAUUGAUGAUCGUAAUUCACACGUGACACGGACAAAGUUCAAAUCUGGGAGCAUCAGGAGAUAUACUAUGAUAACGUGAUUGAAAUUCGGUGAUGAAUUCGAUUAUGGAAAUUAAUAGUUUACUGCUCGUAUUCUAAUGUCAAACUCGAUUAAAAUAUAUUCCAGUCUUUUUUGAUUUGUGCAUAUCGUCUGAACGAUGGAACAAUGAAAACAAGUGUAUUGCUGUACCCUAGGAGUUUCAUAUUCCUUUCGUUCUUUUGCAUAAGUUAUGAAUCACCAGGUAUAAUAAAGUAGGGAUAAAAUAAAACAUUUUUCACACAUUAUAUGUACACAUUCUAUAAUAAGAACAUUGACAUCGAUAUCUCGAUAUAUUGUUUGAAUCUAAUUCGAAACAUUCCGUAUUUACUGCAUUCAAAUCGAUGAUAUUGCUUAGAGUAAAUUGUUUACAAAUAAUGUCACCAUAUGAAUAUUUGUGACAAUAAAGUAAUAGAAAUGAUAUAUCAAUAUGUACAUUAAACGCACGAAAAUACUGUGAUAACGAAGCUGAAAAGCUCAAAGGGCAGUUACAUGAAGACAACUCUUAGAAGACAACUCUUAAAAGACAUUAAAUGUGGUAAAUGAUGUCUACGAAGAAUGUAGUCGAUUGGACAACCAAUAAUGUUAGUGUUUGGCUCGCUGAAAAUGGACAUUCACAUUUUAUAUUAUUAUUUAAGAAGCACGACAUAGAUGGAAAGGUACUUCUAACUUUGAAAGAAGAAGAUAUAAAAUCCGAAGCGAUACAAUCAAAUAAAACAAUAGGAGACUUAAAAAGAUUGUAUAUCAGUAUUAAACAAUUGCAAAGAGACAAUGUUGCAAUGCUUUUUGAAUUGGGAUGCGUUGAUUUGUUUACAACGCCACAUUUUUAUGGUCAUCACAAACACGAAAUGCCUAGCGUUGGUACAAAUAAUGAAGGUUCUAUAGAGAAUGAAUUUUAUUCUGCUUCGGUAUCAGAAGAUGGACACGCGUCUCAUUUGCCUCCUGAAAUAUGGAAAGCGUUUAUCAGCUUGGCAUAUUUAUUUAUCGUUACUUGGAUUACUGCCUUUGUAAUGGUAAUAGUGCACGAUCGAGUGCCAGAUAUGAAAAAGUAUCCACCUUUACCGGAUAUAUUUUUGGAUAACGUUCCUCAUAUUCCAUGGGCAUUUGAUAUGUGUGAAGUUACUGGCACUAUACUUUUUGCUAUUUGGCUUAUUGUUCUUAUUUUUCACAAGUAUAGAUUUAUCUUAUUACGAAGAUUUUUCGCCCUCUCUGGUACAGUCUUCUUAUUGCGAUGCGUUACAAUGCUCAUCACAUCUCUUUCUGUGCCUGGAGCACAUUUACAAUGCCAACCAAGAAAGGUGCCAGACGAAGAUUGGACUAGUUCUGCAUACGUGGAGUUAUAUAACAAGAUUGCAAUGGCUUAUGUUAUCUGGCGUGGUGCUGGUAUGUCUAUACAAGGUGUUAGAACUUGUGGAGAUUACAUGUUCAGUGGCCAUACAGUCGCAUUAACUAUGCUGAAUUUUUUUAUCACUGAAUAUACUCCAAGACAGCUCUACUUUCUUCACACCUUUACGUGGAUGCUUAAUAUGUUUGGUAUAUUUUUUAUCUUAGCUGCCCAUGAACAUUAUUCCAUCGAUGUGUUUGUAGCAUUUUAUAUAACUUCGCGAUUAUUUUUAUAUUAUCAUACUUUGGCGAAUAAUCAAGCAUUGAUGCAACGUGAUUCGAAUAGAACUAGAAUUUGGUUUCCACUUUUUAGUUUCUUCGAAUCGUCCGUCGAUGGAAUCGUUCCAAACGAAUAUGAGUCUCCAUCGUUAAUUGUUUAUAAUUUAGUUUGUAGAGGGAAAGAUAUUUGCAACUCUAUACGAUCGUUUAUCUAUUUUCGAAAGCCGCGGAGUAACGUAAAUGGUAACAUAAACAAUAUGAAAAAGGAACGCUAAUAAAAAAAAUAUAUAUAAAUAUAUAUAUUUUAAUGUGUGAUUUAAAACUUGAAUAUUGUGUUAGGAGUUGUUGGUACGAAUACACAUGAAAAUAUUUCAAUGAGCGGUGAUAUCCGUACUCUUGAUAAAAUUAAACACUGGAAGAUGAUCAUUUAACAAAAAAUCGAUAUUAUGAAUGCAUUGAUUUUUCAUUCUUGAAUAUUUUUAGAGUUUCUUAAUCUAAUCGUAUUUAAAAAAUAUUCCUUCCAAAAUAUUACACGUACUCCCGUUUUCUUUUUUUUUUGUUUACCGUUGAUUGUUACCUUAUACUAUUUUUGCAUUAAUAUUUAUUAUCAUUAUUAUCUACAUUGAAUUAUGCUCUUUAUUUAGUAAUUUUACAUUUAUUGUUCAAAUAGGAGUAAAACUUUGAGAAAUAAUGCUUCAUUUUAGAAGCUCAUAAUUCUAUGAAAUAUUGUAAAUAUUAAAGUAGGAGUUGCACAAUUUUGUUAAUUAAUUUUAUUAACAAUUCUUCCAUUGUGUAAGUUUUUACCAAUGAAAGCCUAAAAUAAUAUAACAGGGCGACUAGUUAUCUAUUCGUUUCAUUAUAUUAUAUUUAAAAAAAACUAAUAAUAAAACUCACGUGCACUUGUUUUCUUAUAUAUGUGCAAUGUUAUAAUAAUGUUUGAACAUUAUGUUUUUUAAAAAUGCAUUAACAUUAUGACACUUAUACUGUAUUAGUAUGAAAUGCGAAGGAGAAAAAUUACAGCAUUGUAUAUAUAUAUAGUACCGACACUAAAGUAGAGUUUAUAUAGACUGUUUUAUACAAAAAGAUAUAGAAAAAAAUUGUGUGAUAUAAUAAGAAUUCUACAUAUUUCUAUUCUACUGUAAAUCGUAUCAAGUUUUAAUUGUUGGUCGUCAUAUAAUUGAUUAAUUAUUAUCAAUUAUAGGACAUAUAGGAUAUAAAGGUACAACUAGUUGUAAAGAUGUGAUUUUUUUGCAACAGAAGAAUAAGUAAAUCGAACGGCACUGCUUUCGACCGUUGAUUUGCGUUUAUUAAUAGAUAAAAAGUAAGAAAUUGAAAGCAUAUAAUUUAUAAGGAUCGCAUGGUUAUAUUUUUUUACGUUUGAAGAGAAAAAAAAUGGAAACAUUUGAUUCUCUUAUUAAAAUAAAUAAGUCUACGCGUGUUAAGUAAUCGAAAAAUUUUGUAUCCCUUUCGGAGAUUAAUCGGAAUAGCGUUCAAUGGGCUAUUUAAUUUUGGCCUAAUCGUAGCUUUUAUAUGAUACCGAUUUAUUACGAUAUGCGCGCUACAGUUUGACCAAUUUUAUUAAAAAAUCAUGUGUACAAAUGUUUUAUCGCAAAGAUACACGCAAGCACGCAGAUUUGUACGUAAAUUUGCAGUGUUGCAAAUUAGUAUGUACGCAGAUUUGAAUGUAGGGUUAAUCAAAGAGGCUAUUCGCGAACGAAAAUAACGUUUUAUAUUUAAGUUUUUCUAUUGAAUCACGCACGAAUCGAGGAACAUGCGUGUGUGAUUUUACACGGACAUUAUAUAAUUAAAUACAUAUUUAUUUAAUAUAUCAUUAAUUAGGCAUAUAUGUAUGAAUACGAUUAAAACGAUAGUAAAUGGCGCAUUACAAACAGUAGCGCGAUUUUCGACGGAUAUAAUAUAACAAUCUUUCAUUUAUUAAAUAUAUUAUUAUUUUUGGUAUAUAAAUAUAUAUAUCGAUAAGAAGGACUGAAAUAUCUCAUCGAACUUUAUUUGAGCGCGCGCGCGCACACACACACACACUUACGUUAAAUUUGUAUAAAUAAAAAAUAGAAAAUAUGUACUUAUAUUUCGGUUUUUGAAGAAAAUAUUCUUGUAUAAAUAUUCAUAAAAAUGAAUAGGAAUGUAAAUAUCAAAACGCAUAGUAUGUGCUUAUAAUGAUGUUUUAUAAGAGUCAUAAAAUAGCAUUGAUUUGUCAGAAAUAAAUAAGGAAUAAUGUAUAUAAC